AUGGGAAAUAAAGCGGGUGGUCAAGGCAAAAAAGAUCCGACUAUAUUAACUGAUGAAGAUCUAAAAGUAUUAAAAUUAAAUACUCAAUAUACAGAAGAAGAAAUUCAAGCAUGGCAUACAGGUUUUCUUAAAGAUUGUCCAUCGGGUAAACUAGAUAAAAAACAAUUUCUUAAUGUAUAUAAGAAAUUUUAUCCAGAGGGUAAAGCUGAUAAAUAUUGUAAUUUUGUAUUUAAAGCAUUCGAUAUAAACCAAAAUAAUACUAUUGAAUUCACUGAAUUCUUAUUAGCUGUUAGUAUAUCUCAACAUGGAAAUCUUGAACAGAAAUUAAAAAUGGCUUUUGAUAUUUAUGAUCAAAAUAAAGACGGAGAAAUAAAUCGUAAAGAUAUGAUUAAAAUAAUCGAAGCUAUGUAUGAUUUAGCUAAUGAAGAAGAUCGUGCUGGUGAUAAAGCACCUGCUAAACGUGUUGACCUGAUUAUGGAACGUUUAAAGAAAGAUAAAACUGAUGUUGUUCUUCGUACUGAAUUUAUUCAAGGUUGUCUUCGAGAUGAACUUUUACGUAAAAUUCUUGCACCUAAUACGGCUCUUUUGCCAGGAGGACAAACGUCUACUACAACGACUACCACAAAUGUUCCAAUAUAUACAACAACAUCAAUUAAUGAAACGGGUGCAGCUGUUUAG